GAUCCUGAAAGCAGAGGCAUGACUGACUAAUCCAAUUUGAAGUCCGCCUCUACUCUCCUUUGCAGCCCUCAUGGUGCAGACAAUAGGAAAGUUAGCCCACUGAAAAUGAAGGGACUAACAUUUUGCCUCUUUACUAUCAUGAUGCUCAUGUCUGCUCAAGGUGAGGAAGAGGAGCCUUUGGAGCAGCUGAUGAAUGCAGAAGGACUUGAGGAAAAGGAGGAGCUUCUGCAGUGCUUCCGUUGCGACCUGGGCUUCUGGGACGCCUGCUACACUACCGAAACCAACUGCAGCCUCGGGGAGCGUUGCUUUACAGGCCGCGGGAAGGCAGCUGACGUCCUGGAUGUAAAGACGUUGGGCUGUGCCAAGGCAGAAGAGUGCAACGUGGAGACCACUGUGGAGCUUUUCUCCAACAACACCAUCUUUGUCAUGAACAAAGAUUGCUGCGACACCUCCUUCUGCAACUCGGCGUUCAAACUUCAGGCCGACACACUUUUCUGCAUCACUGUCGUGUUCAUGUUGUCCUGGCACUUUGCAGGGGCCUCCACACACUGAGAGAAGCCAAUGUUUAUUCAUUGUGUGCUGCCAAUAUAAAGAAGGGACUACACCCACAUGGUGAAGAUGACAAUUUACCAGUUGCACAGGCUUGCAAAACAAACCUAAACACACAACUUUGCAGAACACAAUUUAGUAUAUAACCCUUUAAUUUAACUGGAUAACACGUUAGUACAUUUAAGUAUUUAAGUACAGGUUGUUUUUAGAUGAACAAAACAUGAGAGCAGUAUUUGUGACUACAAAAGCAUCAGAAUUCUUGCCUAGUAUUUGGAACCUUAUUUGGUGAUGCAGGAGGACAGGUCAGUUGUUCGGCAGCUGUCCAGCAGAGGGCAGAAUCUCCUCUUUCAUAAAGCUCUGCAAGUCCACAUUUUCAUCUUCCAGAUCCAGGCUCAUAAAUCUCUCCACCACAGUGCUGCACCUGAGCCGGCAACAUAAACACACACCUGUAUGUCUAACACACACUACUGCUGGCUAAACAAAGAGUCGGACAAACCAGUUGGCCUGCUCAUCUGAUGACGCACUGUCAACACGUUUGAUGGGUCUUCCUGUCCUGUAGAGCUCAGACACCUCCACCCCUCUCUGUACAAUGUUGGCAGGCAUGCCAGCCAGUCUCGCCACAUUGGCGGCGUAACUACACUGGCAGAUGCCUUCCUUCAGUUGAUACAGAAACACCAAAUCAUCCCCGUCCACUUCUGUCUCUAGAGUCUGAAAUACAAGCAACGUCCUCAUGAGUUUCAACAAGCUCUGUAGCACGCUAUUUCGGUCCUCCUGCGCUCACACGCUCCAGGCUGGAGCUUUAAAUAUUGCAGUGAGAGCAUCUGCCUGUACCAGAAGAGACAGCAGGCUGGAAGUGGGUAAAAGGCCCAACUGCAGCAAACUGUGAAAGUUAGUAGCCAGCAGGACAUGAGGAACAUCUGCAGGAGCUUUUCUCAGCCAGUGAGAGAUGAUCGCUGCCAGCAAGGACAAGCCAUCCACCUGUAAGAGGGACAGCAAAGGAAGAGGAACAUUUCAAAUUAAGUUCAAAAUCACACAACAGCCUUGUCGUUGCGCACAAAUGACACAAAUAAAAUGCAAAUAAAUAGACAACAGGCAAAAUGUAGAUUUUUUGUCGUAGACAAAAGCCACAAUCUUAGCACUGACAUCAGAUGUCAUCCUUGUCUAUGACUUUCUCGAGCAGGGGUGUCCAAUUUGUGUAUUUUUACGGCUAUUUUGCAGGAUCUCUGUGUGAAAGAGGCUGUAGUCAUGCAUUGUAAGUGAACAUUUCCAAUAAAAGGUCUGCAGUCAUUAUAAGUGUUCAGGCACAAAUGUUGUCUCCUAGAUAGUAGUGCAGCAAUGUUUGCUGGUAAUACCUGUAAAGUGUCUCAUCUUUGUGUUGCCUCUGAGGCAGAAAACAAAACCUGCCUCCUGCUGGUGUUAUUGCAGAUACUUAAAAAGAAUACUAGUGCUGUGAACACAUCCAAUGUAAACUUAUGACUAUGUUGUAAGUUCAUGUAUGUUACCAUCCAACCUGCAUUUUACUCUAGGGUUUUAUUUUAAUACAAUCAUAAAUCACUAAUGCUUAAAGAUUUUUUCACUGCAUUUUUGGCUUGGGCCGUUUAUUUACUCCACGGCCGAGAAUACCUGCCGUCUCUUAGGAGUAAGGCAUUUAUUGCAGGGGAGGCCUUUACUUGUACUAAUUCAUUUCUUAUAAUGAUAUUGAACGACAUAAAUAUUUUUUUCCACUAUAAUUAUUAAUUAUCAAUGUAAAAUACAUAUAAACAUAAAUAAAUAAUAAUACAUAAUUAAAUAAAUAAAACAUAAUUACACCUAGGGGUUUCACCCGCUUUUUGUCUUGGUGGAAGAAAAGGCAUCUGUUUGGGGUACGGCACUUUUUUUUACCGGCUUUUAGAACAGAAGGGCCACUAUUUGAAGAAAUACAGAACAAUCAAGCCUUGUUUAGUAAAUCAGUUCCAGACCCGACCGUGAUAUGUGCAAUUUUUUCGUAAUAAAAAGCAUAGAAAACCUGUUUAUGACCUUCUAAAUAUGUUUUUUAACAUUAUUAGAGCUCUCUAGACAUAAAAUAACACCCCUAUAGUCACCCUUACACUCGUAUUACCCAAUAUAGUAGACAUAAUUAGACAAAAUAAGACAACACAUAAAUAAGACUUAAUAUAGACUCACACAUGUCAGCAUUAGGAGAGUUCCUUGUCGUUGUCCCUUUCUUACUUCCGUUUUUUGUACAGUACAGUAGUACCUCGCAUAACAUAAACCUCCUUUUACAUAAAUUCCACUUAACAUAAAGAAUUUAUGUAAAGUUUUUGCUUCGUAUUACAGAAGAAAUUCCAUAUAACAUAAAGCGUCAAGUCGGUGCAAGUUCAGACUAACACUUGGUGACGCCUUCUGACGCAUCACGCUCUCAUUGGCUGAUUUUCGGGGCACCGCCUCUGCUCUCAUCUCAUUGGCUGAUCAUCGGGGCACCGCCUACGCUCUCAUCUCAUUGACUGAGUUAUACAGCACGUACAUGAGUUUGUGUGAGAGACAGGCUUGUCCCUUCAAACUCCUUCCUCUUCGUAGUCCCCCUGAAACUAACUUAAACAAUUAAGUUAAGCUACAAAUUAAAUUUUGCACACAGCAUUAUCGUGUAGUGCGUGUGCGUUUGUCUGUGAGACCAGCUCACUCUUAGACUCUUUGAGUCGCGUUUCGCCUCAAGCUAGUCCUCCUCCUCCUUCCUGCCUCCAAUUGCGCUCCUGAUCAAGACAUCUCGUGAACAAUAGGAUUGUUUUUGUUUUUCAGUUUUAUUCAUUUACAGUAAUCUUAUUUAUUACCUUUUUUAUAUUGGAAUGUUACUCUACUAUGUUUAUGCUAACGUUUUCUUAUAUUUUCCCACCAUAUUUGGUGGACUUUGAAUAUUUUGAAGGGCCAAAGGGGUGAGUUUGGGAAGAUCUUGGAACGGAUUAGGCUAUUUACAUGUAUUUUAUGCUUUGUAUAACAUAAAAACCUUAUAACAUAAAGGUUCUCGGAACGGAUUAUUUACGUUGUAGGGGCGUCUACUGUACUGUGCUUCCUGCGAUGGCUAUUGCCUCAUCAGUGCAACAUUACUGACAACUAGUGACCAGUGAAGAAUGCUACAUAUCACAAUGUCUUUGAAUGAGUCUUCUCAAUGCCUUAUAUUUGUAUUUUAGUUCAUUUACCCAUUUU